AUGGCCGAGCGGUCUAAGGCGCUGCGUUCAGGUCGCAGUCCACUUCUGUGGGCGUGGGUUCUUGGUGUCAAAUGUCAAAUUAAGGUAACAGACGAGGCUGAAAUUAUUAAUAAGUUGGCUUCAUAUGUGGAAAAAAUUUCAAAUGAUGCGAUUCUUAAUAGAGGCAAAUUUUUCAUCGGCCUUUCUGGCGGUUCAGUGGUGAAAUAUUUAUGCGAAGGACUGCCAAAAGUUAAUACGGACUGGUCCAAAUGGGUGUUAGCAUUCUGUGAUGAGAGAGUAGUUCCCGAAAACAGCGAAGAUUCUACGUUUGGGACUUACGAAAAACAAUUAAUACCUAAGACUAAUUUAUCUAGAAAACAGUUUAUCGUUCUAAAACAGGGUGUCUCAGCGGAAGAAGCAGCAAAAGAUUAUACAGAACAACUUAAAAGUGCAUUCAAUAGUGACAAUUUUAAAUUUGAUUUGCUUCUAUUAGGAAUGGGUCCUGACGGACAUACAUGUUCAUUAUUCCCGAACCAUCCUUUGCUUAAAGAAAGCACACUACAAGUAGCUUCUAUUACUGAUUCACCCAAACCUCCUCCAGAAAGAAUCACACUCACUUAUCCCGUUAUUAAUAAUGCUAGGAACUGUAUCUUCGCUAUUUCUGGUGCCGGUAAAGCUGAUAUGGUUAAAAGAAUUCUUAAAGACAAUGAAGAUUUACCAGCGGCCAGAGUUCAACCACAAGGAUCAUUAUACUGGAUUCUUGAUGAAGCCGCUGCAGCAAAUUUGUGA